UUCAACAGAGGUGGAGAGAGGGAGAGAGAGAGGGAGGGAGAGAGAGAGGGGGGGUCGUUAAGGAUGCUUGCAGUCGUUCGCGUGCAGAUGUUCGCGCGUCUUCUUUUCAGUCGCCUCAGAUGAGUCUCGCAUCAGUCGUUGCCGAUGGAGUCACGUUAGGCAGUCUGGUGUAGCGUUUCUUAACAAGUGGCAGGUUGAGGGUUCGAAUUUCCGGCAGCAUGAGCGCGGAUUGCGCGGACUAUUAUAACGCAGAGAACGUGUUUGUCAGCGCCUUCACGUGCCCCAAACCUGAGGGCGACGAGCUCGCGAUCUUCUGCUGCGGGUUCAAUGACGUCAAAUACUGCUGCGACGAUCCAAACAGCUUCUUCCCAUAUGAGUAUGGAUACAUGUGGUGGCUCAGUUUGGGGGCUCUGGUGGGUCUGUCGAUUGCGGCCGUGGUGCUCCUAGCGUUCAUCAUAACUCUCUGUGUGCUUUGUUAUCUGUUCAUUGCCACUAAACCCAGAGGACUGGACAACGGACUGCCUCUGCGAGCUCAAGGUUCUGUUCCAAGUCCUCAAGAGGGUCCAAGUCAGCCUAGUGCACCAUCAGGACCUCAGGGGUUACGCAAGCAUUUCCUGAGCGGCAAACUGGACUGUGACAACCAGCCACCAGACCCAGACCGCUUGUUCCAGCGCUGCUUCAUGGCCACAGUCACCACCAUCAACGUAGAGGGUCCUUCAUAAAUUCAAGUGCCCAUACAAAGAGGACAUUACCCAUAAGUCACCUGUUUUAUCCAAUGAUCAGAUGUUUAAACCUGGAAGAUGUGGUGUGUUCCAACAAGUGCUGUAAACUGUCAGACAAAGUAAAUGAUAUCAUUAAACUGCCUCAAUGACUUGCCUUUAAACUCAUUUUAAACCAAAAAAAUUAACUCUUGUUUCUAAGAAAUUUGUGAGACUCUUUGAGAGACGUUCAAUCAGUCUCUGAACUUCAGGAGGUAAUAAUUGUGUGUUGGCCUUUGGAGCUUUGUUACCCUUGACUCAAACUCAUGUUAAGUGCUUUCUCAACAGCGGAACAGAAAUGAACCAGAUGAGAAGUGUUACAGGUUCCUGCUGUGGCCGUCAAAAAGAGUUUAGGAAGCUCAUUACACCAGCAUGUGUCCUCUGCCUGUUCUAAUGCCUUUAAUUCAGCUUUGAACUCAAAUUCAACUGCAGCAGGAAUCCAGAGUUUCAAAGAUGUUUUACUUUGUACUGCCUUUCUUGAUGUGUUUGAAGUAUUGCUUUGUUGACACGUUUGGCACCAGACAGUUAAAAGCUGUUUUUCCAAAUGUUACACCUGAUGUUAAAUGUUAAACAAAUGUUUGGUCAUUCUACUUUUUUUUUGCAUUGAAUGUAGAACUGUGGUUUCUUUA